AUGCGUAUCAAUGAGUCAUCAUUAACAAGUGUUUUAGUGGAAACACAACAGAAAGAUGACGAAAAAUAUGAAGCUAAACAAGAACAAAGAAAAAGAAAAAAACGAGAAAUCUAUUUUAAGAAACAACAAACAAAACAACCCAAUUAUAAAGCAAAGGAAACACAACAACAAAUCAUUAUUCACGACUGUGGUGUUAUGAAUAUAAAGUGUAGUUUUUGUGGUGCAUUUCAUUUUAAAGCUGAAAAAUCAAAGAAUGGUUCUUUUAGACAAUGUUGUCAUUAUGGAAAAGUAUUACUUCCCAAAUUACUUGACAUUCCAAAAGAAAAACAAUAUGAAAUGGAAUCACUUUUAAAUGAACUAUACAACGUCAAUAAUGUUCAUUACAAAAGCUUUAAAACUAAUAUCAGAGCUAUCAAUAGUUCUUUAUCUUUUGUAUCAUUCGGCGCAAAUAUCAAAAGGUUUACCGGAGUUGCAAAUUUCACAGUUGAAGGACAAGUCUAUCACUCAAUAUCCGUCAUAAACACGGAAGAUGAUAAAAGAGCUUUUGUGCAAUAUUACAUUAUCGAUUCUGAGUUGGCAAAUACUGAAAGACUUGAAGACAAACACAAUAAAACUAUUGAUCCUUUUGUUAUCGAAAGUCUUGACAGAGAAAUAAGAAAAGUAAAUCCAAUCGCAAAGUCGUUUAUUGUGAUGGGAGAUAUCAUUAAAACACAGCCUAAAGAUACAAAGGUUACUCUUGAAUUUGUUCGUGAUAAAAGUAAAGAUGAAAGAAGAUUUAACACUCCAACUUCAAAUGAAAUCGCCAUAGUUUUUAUCAAUCAUGAACAUGAAGGAAAAUCUCCAUUUAACAGAGAUAUUGUUGUAAGAAGUCGGCAGACAACAUCACAACCUAAUAAAUACACAAGAAUAACAACUCUGAGUCCAUAUAUCGAUCCUAUGUGCUACACACUUCUUUUUCCUUUUGGGAACAAAUAA